CCCGCGACGCGCACGCGCCCGUAUGCAAAUCAGCUCAAUUCAAGAGAAUUUGGUCCCGGGAGCUGCGCGUGCGCAGAGGGAAAGCGGAAUCUACACCUCCGUCCGCGGUAGCAACCGAAGAACUGCAGGAGACAAUCUUUCUGGACUCGGCGCAGGCGGAGGGAGUGCUUGCAGGGGGUUGGCCUGGUGCAGUCCGCACCGUGGGGACGCUGCUGCGCGUGGAAGCUAUUGCCCAGAAGAAAAGAUGUUUGGUUUUCACAAGCCAAAGAUGUACCGAAGUAUAGAGGGCUGCUGUAUCUGCAGAGCCAAGUCCUCCAGCUCUCGGUUCACGGACAGUAAACGUUAUGAAAAGGACUUCCAGAGCUGUUUUGGGUUGCAUGAGACUCGCUCUGGAGACAUCUGCAAUGCCUGUGUGUUGCUUGUGAAAAGAUGGAAGAAGUUGCCAGCGGGAUCAAAAAAAAACUGGAAUCAUGUGGUAGAUGCAAGGGCAGGACCCAGUCUAAAGACAACACUGAAACCAAAGAAAGUGAAAACUCUAUCUGGAAACAGGAUGAAAAGCAACCAGAUCAGUAAACUGCAGAAGGAAUUUAAACGCCACAAUUCUGAUGCUCACAGCACCACCUCAAGUGCCUCUCCAGCCCAGUCUCCCUGCUACAGUAACCAGUCAGAUGAUGGCUCAGAUACAGAGAUGGCUUCCAGCUCUAAUAGAACUCCGGUUUUUUCCUUUUUAGAUCUUACCUACUGGAAAAGACAGAAAAUAUGUUGUGGUAUCAUCUAUAAGGGCCGUUUUGGGGAAGUCCUCAUCGACACACAUCUCUUCAAGCCUUGCUGCAGCAGCAAGAAAGCGGCUGCUGAGAAGCCCGAGGAGCAGGUCCCGGCGCCUCUGCCCAUCUCCACUCAGGAGUGGUGACUGAGGCUCAUGUAGAAGGGAACAAAGAGUGAUUUAAACUUUGAAAAGACCACAAAGCAACAAACUGA